AUGGCAAAAAGUUUUUCUAGAAUUGAAGAUGAUGACGACGAUAUAGAAGAUGAAACAAUGAAUGUUACAUUGGAUCUGAUUAAAAACAGAGAUGAUAUAGAGAAGCAAAGAGAAACUAUUUGGGCAUUGCACCUUUUACUUGCCGAUGGUAUCAACAUUCAUAGCAUUUUGGGUCAAUCAAAAGGCUAUCAACAAACACAACAUUUUACUCAACAAUUCACCAUCCUUAAAUCACUUAAUAACAUUCAAGUUUUUAUCAAGGAAUUUGAAAUCGAUCCAGAAUUGGAUGAUCAAAGAUUAGAAGAAUUUUCAAAAGGAUUAAGAGACUAUGUAUUCUUACUAUGUUAUUUUGGAAAGAAAAGAGAUACUAGUCAUAGAAGAGUUUUGGAAGCAUGGAUCAUUGAAAUGAGAUUAAGAUAUAAAUCAGAUGAAGCUUUAGAAGAGAAUACUACUAUUGAUUCACUUAUGAGUGGUAAACUGAUUCCAUCUAAAAGAGUUCGUACUUAUUUCAAAACAUUGUAUAACCGAACCAAAAAGAAUUGGCAAAUUCAAUCCCAAGAAGAAAUGGAAAAACUUGGUGGCGUAGACUUUAUUGUUAAUUCUCUUCAAGAUGAAUGGGAUUAUUUCAUUAGUGUUAUUCCUCCUCCAUCUUUAAUCCUUGCAUACAGACAAAGAGCAUUAAUGCCAAAAACAUCAUUUGAUCGUAUCUAUCCAAACAACAAAAUGAUUAAUUUCUACAAGAAAAUAGAACCAAGAAGCACUAUACAAAAACCACGAGUCAAAUGGACACCCGAAGAAGAACUCUUGUUGAUGCGUGGCAUGUUCAAGUAUGACACUCAAUGGGCCAAGAUCUAUGAAGUCUAUUUCUCAAGCACCGAGUUUUCUGGAAGAACUCCAGUCAAUCUAAAGGACAAGGCUCGUAGUGCAGAGUUUAAGGCAAACUAUGCAGAGUUUUCAGGCUCACAUCGUAAAAAAAAGGUGGUUGAAUCGGAAGACGAUGACUUUGACCUCGAUGGUGAAGACGAAGAUGAUGAAGAAGAGGAAUUCCAUAGCGCUACUGAAAAUGGUCAAACUGGUAAAUACACCGAUGAAUCUGAAUUUGAUUAUUCAGAUCUAGAAAAAGUAAGAAGAAAAUCACCAAAAAAGACAACAACUACAAAUAACAAUAACAACAACAAGAAACAAUCUCCAUCAAAAUCAACAACAAAGGAAAAGGAAAAAGAUAAACAAGGAAAAAAGAGAAAGGAACAAGAAGAUGAUUAUGAGGAAGAAGAAGAAGAAGAAAUGGAAGAAGAAGAAGAACAAGAGGAAGAAGAAGAAGAAGAAGAAGAACAAGACGAUGAAUAUUCAAGUGAUUAUUCAUAUGAAGAAGAAGAAGAAGAGGAAGAUAAAGAAAAGGCUAAAAAGAAAAAAGGUGUUAUGGCACCUUUAAAGAAGAAGUCGGUACCCAAAAAACCAGUCUCCAAAAAACUUGGAGCCAAAAAAUCUGCUGCCUCAACUACCAAUGCCAGUUCUACCACCCCCUCUUCUUCUUCCAGAAAAAGAGACGAAUAUAUUUAUAAUUCAGAUAGUGAAGAUGAACAAGAUGAACCAUCAACAACUAGAAAGAAACCAAGUCCUGGUGUUGCCAAAAAGCCAUCAUCUGCUCCUCCACCCAAAGCAGCACCUCAAAAAGCUCACAAAGCUCCUGCCUCUGUUAAAAAGUCGAAACCUAAUUAA